AUGAAGGGAUCCAUCCUCGCUGUCGCAGCCGCCAUCGGCGGUGUCAGCGCCGCUGCUCACCGUCACGCUCAAGCUCACGGUCAGCUGUUCAAGAGAGGCGUCGACCAGGCCUCUGUCUGUGUCCCCGGCUGCACCACCAUCUACACCACCAUUUACGGCGAGCCUACGCUGGUUCCUCACAAGCCCAGCAGCCCGCCCGCCGUCGUCCCCUCGGCGCCCGCGACAACUGAGGCCCCGCCGAAGCCCACGUCCACUCAGAAGCCCUCCGUGGAUGUGCCGACCCCCGUGCCUGAGGUCUGCCCGACCCCGGGUACCUACACCUUCCCGGCCACCACCAUCACCGUCAGCCAGACCACCACCGUCUGCGCUCCUGAGACCACCAAGGUCCCUGCCGGUACCCACACCAUCGGCGGUGUCACCACCGUUGUUGUGAGUGCCACCACCGUCGUGUGCCCCUACGCCACCGCGAAGACAUCCAGCGGCGUCGUGACCAGCGUCGUCGAGACCACCACCUACGUGUGCCCUACCCCCGGCACCUACACUAUCGCCCCGACGACCACCACUGUCACUGCCCCGACCAACGUCGUCUACCCCGUCGUGACUACGGUCAACCCUGGUACCUACGUCCGCCCGGCCAUUGUCACCACCAUCACCGAGACCAGCGUCGUCGUUGUUUGCCCCUUCACCAGCCAGGAGCCUGUUCCCACGACCUCCUCUGUCGUUGUUCCGGCUCCUGUCCCCACGACUUCCGCCAUUCCGGCCCCGGUUCCCACAACCUCCGCUGCCCCCGAGCCCGUCCCCACCACCACCGCUAAGGCUUCUUCCUCCGCGCCCGCCCCGUCCUCCUCCGCUCCCGCCACCGGCGGUGGCCUCGGCGGCAACAACGGUGACCACUGGGCUAUCACCUACACUCCCUACUCUGAGGAUGCCUCCGGAUCCUGCAAGUCUGGCAGCCAGGUAGACUCGGACAUCGCCUCUAUCAAGAACUCUGGCUUCCGCACCAUCCGCAUCUACUCCACCACCGACUGCAACGCCCUCGAGAACGUCGGUGCUGCCUGUGAGAAGUACGGCCUCAAGAUGAUCCUUGGCAUCUUCGUCAAGGAUUCGUGCGACCCCCAGUCGGCCGACAUCAAGACUCAGGUCGACGCCAUCGCCAGCUGGCAGAGGUGGGACAUGGUCGAGCUCGUCGUUGUGGGCAACGAGUGCAUCUUCCAGGGCCGCUGCAGCGCCUCCUCUCUGAAGCAGCUCAUCGUCGCCACCAAGGUCACCAUCACCGCCGCCGGCUACUCUGGUCCCUACACCACCGCCGAGACCGUCGGUGUCUGGCAGCAGACCGAUGUCGUGUCUGAGAUCUGCGACGUCGUCGACAUCGUCGGUGGCCAGAUCCACCCCUACUUCAACGCCCAGACCGCCGCCACUGACGCCGGUACCUUCGUCCAGAGCCAGAUCGAGCUCCUCGAGAGCUCCAGCAUCUGUGGCAGCAAGCCCGCCCUGAACCUCGAAUGUGGAUGGCCCGCUAGUGGCAGCUGCAACGGCCUCGCCUGCCCCGGUACCUCCGAGCAGGCCAUCGCCAUCGCCUCCAUCAAGGAGCUCGCCGGUAGCAAGACCGUCUUCUUCUCCUUCCACAACGACUUGUGGAAGGCCCCUGGUGCCUGCGGCUGCGAGCAGUCCUGGGGCUGCGGUCAGCUCUUCCUCUAA